GCUGUACUCGUCAUUCGACGAAUUAUAAGUUCUAACAAUUUAUGUUUUUAUUGAAUUCUCAUGCCAAUUCAUCAGCACUCAAGUGAUUCGCUGAUUGUUUUACGGUCAUAAUUUUUCUCUGCUAUUCGGUCAUGGCAAGACUUCUGCUGUUUAUGGUCAGUGUUUUGUUCUUGUGGCAACAGAUCAACGUUAUGAGUAGUCCAGCUCCAAUUGAUUCUGAAAAUGAGGUAUCAACUUAUGAUUUUGAAUUCGUUCCACGUUCAGGUUGGAAUGCAGAUACACCGAAGCAGUACCUUUCAUUAUCGACUCCGGUCCCAUUCGUGGUAAUACACCAUUCGUAUUCACCACCAGCUUGCUUUACGAGGAGUCAGUGUGAACAAGCAAUGACGGAGAUGCUACGGUUUCAUGUAGACACGCGGGGCUGGUGGGAUAUUGGUUACAAUUUUGCAGUGGGCGGAGAUGGCUCAGUAUACGAAGGUCGUGGUUGGGAGGUGGUCGGUGCCCAUUCUCUUCACUUUAACAACUAUAGUAUAGGAAUAUGCCUCAUCGGUGACUGGACAGAUACAUUACCGCCGGCAAAACAGCUACAAUCUGCUAAAUCUUUGAUAUCUGCCGGAGUUGACAAAGGCUACAUAAAUGUGGAUUACAAGCUCGUUGGUCAUCGACAAGUGAGAGAAACCGAAUGUCCUGGUGAUGCGCUGUUCAGAGAGAUCCAGAAAUGGAAAUAUUUCAGUAAUUUUCCUGCGUCUAAAUCGGAUUUAAUUCAUGUCAAAGAGAUACCAAAACAUAUAAGAGAGCAAUGGAAGAAGAAAGGACUUUAGCGUAGAAUUGUAUAGUUAUAAAUAUGAUAUUAUAGACCUGGAAACCGAGGAAAUGUUACUUUUUUAAAGUGUGAUCUGAUACAGUGCCUAUUCCACUCUCAUUUUGCGGAGAUUACAGUACGUUGUCGCCUAUGUUCAUAGUUCACUAAACGAAUCGAACGAAUUUGCUUGAGUUUUCGAUAUCCGAAUUGACUACAUGCUCCUACUGAAAGAGGGAUAAUACAUAACCACUUCAUUGGCGUCUCGGUCGUAUAUUAAGGAUGUUUCCGGGUUCUGCCGGCGAAGACCAUGUAGCAGACAUUGCAAUAGGUAUUGUUCGAAGCGUUUUAAAUAGAAUAUGUGUCUUGCCAGAUACUCAAGCAAGGGAUUCUGGAAAUCAGUUCUUCGGUUCUCGAAGACUCAAGCACAUUCAUUCUGUAUCAACCCACCACGCGGGGUAUAUGUUUCAUGCAUUAAGUAAUUCUGAUAAAGUUAUAAUAUAAACAUAUUUU